AUGCAAGGGGCUCCACCCCGCAACGACGAGCCACGCACAACCGACACUAGCGGUCACGCGCCAAUAAUACCGACGUCGGACAAUCUCGGGCAAGCGGCUCCUCCAGCUCCCGCAACGACGGGGUGUUCGACUCGACGUCAGCAAGCUGCUGCCGCUGCGCAGGCUAAGGCUGCACUCAUCGCUCAGCAACAUGCGACUGCCACUGCUGCGCCUGCGGCGUCUGCGGGUGCUCUUGCAGCACUCGCCCGGCAACAGAAGAAGCAGCAUACGCAGCGAACGCAGCAGCACCAGAAGCAGCAGCAGCAGCAGCAGCAGCAGCAGCAGCAGCAGCAGCAGCAGCAGCAGCAGCAGCAGCAGCAGCAGCAGCAGCAGCAGCAGCAGCAGCAGCAGCAGCAGCAGCAGCAGCAGCAGCAGCAGCAGCAGCAGCAGCAGCAGCAGCAGCAGCAGCAACACCAGUCGCAGCAGCAGCAGCAGCAGCAGCAGCAGCAGCAGUCACUCGCGACGCCACCCAACCAAGCCCCGCUCCUCGCGCAUCAGCCUCUGCCCGCCAAUGCUUCGCCGGCGGCAUCUGGGGGGGCCCGAGCUGCGUUCGCCACGCAGCAACAGCAACACCAGUCGCAGCAGCAACACCAGUCGCAGCAGCAGCAGCAGCAGCAGCAGCAGCAGCAGUCACUCGCGACGCCACCCAACCAAGCCCCGCUGCUCGCGCAUCAGCCUCUGCCCGCCAAUGCUUCGCCGGCGGCAUCUGCGGGGGCCCGAGCUGCGUUCGCCACGCAGCAACAGCAACACCAGUCGCAGCAGCAGCAGCAGCAGCAGCAGCAGCAGCAGCAGCAGCAGCAGCAGCAGCAGCAGCAGCAGCAGCAGCAGCAGCAGCAGCAGCAGCAGCAGCAGCAGCAGCAGCAGCAGCAGCAGCAGCAGCAGCAGCAGCAGCAGCAGCAGCAGCAGCAGUCACUCGCGACACCGACGGCCAUGGCUGCACUACUCGCCCACCCACCGCCGCCUGCCAAUGCUGCGCCGAACGCAUAUGCAGAGGCGAACCUGCCAUACGCCAUGCAGCAGCAACAGCAGCAGCAGCAGCAGUGGAUAAGCACACCAAACAACUCACCCACAUCUGCUACAUUCGGCUCCAUGCUACGCACGCCAGUUGCACCUGCUACUGCAGAUGCUACAUACCCUGGACAGUGGCAGUACUCUCCCCCCCUUGUUCACCCCAAUGCUCCUUUCCCCACACUCAAUCCCUCACACAUGCAGGCUCCACCAGCACCCGCCAAUGUCUCACACGGCGAUGUUCCUUGGGCUUCGAAUGCUGGCAUUCACUCUAUUCCCGCCCCAUUUGCCCGUAGCGCAGAUGAGUAUGAUUUCACGCGUUGCGACUCGAACGAUGUUGGUGCACUUCCUGACGACGUGUUCCCACAAGCCCUCAACGAGCAACAGCCUCACUCCACCGGGCCAGGGACUGUGAGCCCGGCUACGCCUCAUGCUAUUGCAGGUGCCAUUCCACCUACGCCCAUCAUCCCGAGUAUCCCGCCAGGUGGAGAUGACCUGGGACCCAUGGAUGAGCCUGAGGAUGGCUCUGAUGACGAUGCCCUGGACAUACUGGCACCGCGCGCUGCUGGAGUUCCAGUGAGCAGAGAGGAGUUUGAUUCCAUGUCAGCCCUUGUUCGAUCUCUGCAACGGGAAAAUCUGGAGCUGAAGAACCAGGUUGAGACUCUGCGCCAAGUUCCCUCCUCCUCCACCCGCCCCUCGAGCGAUUCGGAGACACCACGCUACCUGACAACACAACAAGCCGUGGGAACUGCUAUUGCUGUCGCGUACAGGACGAAGGUGCCAUUGAGCAAAGACAUCGUGGCUCCAGAGUUUCAUGAGUUCUCUCAGACGCUCGCGACGGCAAUGAUGUCGGUACCACCUCUCCCACAUGGUCUAACUCACGGUAGCAAGGCCAUCCCCCCAUCUCCGUCUCGCCCCUGCCUUACUCUCUGCCUGGCAGAGCCACUGCAAGGCACGGCAGCCCCUAACCAGCUCCUCUCCCCCCAUCUCCGUCUCGCCCCUGCCUUACUCUCUGCCUGGCAGAGCCACUGCAUGGCACGGCAGCCCCUAACCAGCUCCUCUCCCCCCAUCUCCGUCUCUCCCCUGCCUUACUCUCUGCCUGGCAGAGCCACUGCAAGGCACGGCAGCCCCUAA